AUGCCCAACACCUUGCGCAGAGCAUUCUGGACUACCUCAAGCGAAUGCCCUGCUUCAAGGAUGGUCUGCGGGUGGACCUCGCAGUCCUCUUGGGCAGGAGUGCAUUGCACGGCGUCAUAUUCGUUGGCCGAUUUGUCAGAAGCACAUGCUGCUUUGAAAGGCCACGUCAUGAUCCGGCACCCAACUAGCAGCAAUUUGGCAGUAGCCCUUGCUGUGGAGCAUUUCCAUGGUCAUGUCAUGGAGGCGGGUCGGGUUUUCUUGCGCGUCUUCUUGGGCGUUGUCGUCCCCACCGACUUCUGCUUGGUGAGCGCGUAUGUUUCUUGCUUGAGCCAAAACAGCUAUGCUCUACGAAAAGUAUACUUUGAAAUCAAGGAACAUGUCGCACCGCAGAAGUGGAUGACACGAUAUCAGUCCUAA